AUGUCGCCGCCAGUGCUCGGGAUUACUCGGCCGCUGGCGCCUCAGCCUACAAGGCCUAGCGAUAUUCCCGUACUGCAACCUCUGCAGAAUCAUUAUCCUUUGAAGUCGACCCGAUCGAGGCGUGGCACCAUCAAUGCCGCCUGUCGCGAAUGUCGCUUGAAGAAGCUAAAGUGUGAUGGCGCACGCCCGAGCUGUCAGCGUUGUAUCGUCAAGGGCAUUGACUCUUGCGAAUAUACCGUGAACCCCGGAGAGACUCGCUUCACUGCCCUCAAAAGGAAGAAUGCCUCCCUCGUGACAGAGUCGGAUCGCAUGCAGAAAUUCAUAGAAGCCUUGCGCGCAGCAUCUCCCUCUCAAGCACAAGAAAUGCUGAAUACUCUCCGCACUGCCGACGCCUCAACUCAACUUUUGUCCACACUGGCCCACUCCGACCCUGAGCCUCAGCCUCAGCCUCUACAACGCCAGAAGUCCGACUCAUCCGUAUCCUCGGGUCCAUCCCCUCUCUCCAGCAACGGCAACGACUCUACACUAACUCCCCACACUUCUCGUUCUCGAAGCUGUAACUCAAGUACCAAUACCGAUCCAUCAUUGCCCGUCGACGAUACACCUGCCCUCGACACCCACUCCCAGUCAUUCUCUGAUUGUGAAAGACCUCUACCAAGCGUCGAUGUCCUUCGGAAAUGUACCAGCACUUUCUACAACGAGUCCGGCAAGCUGUUCCAAGUCUUUUCACCCAGCCAUAUUGAGGCUCAAUUCCAAAUUUUAGCAGAUGCCCAGAGUGACAAGCAAGCCCGUCGCCUCGCCACCUGCGAGCUCUGUGCUGUGGGAGCUAUCGGUUCCCAAUACAUCAAGGAGAAGGAAUAUCUGCCAGAAGGCACCCAACAGAAUAUUUACAGCGCUGCGAAGCAUCUUUUGGAAGAUGCUGUUACUUCCGACGCGAAUAGGGCUGCCAAAACUUGUGUCAUGCUCACUUUAUACAACUGCAUGAACAAACAGAAAGUUGCCAUGACGUUCGUUGCAAUGGGACUGAAUCUUCUGACGCGACCGCCAAUUCCACAAGUCUGUCCACCCAACAUGGAACGGAGUCACUGGAUGGAACUUCGGAAAACCUGGAGAGUGCUUGUCUUCCUCGAAGCCUGGCUGUCUUCGACUCUCGGGUAUGUGUCAGGAUUACAGCUGCCGAAAGACCUCGUGAACGCGAAGAACCUUGAAAUCGAAGACGAAGCCAAUCUCGAAGAGAAGGUCACAACCGAGAUGGUCAGAAUCACAGUCAUCAAGUUCGACAUGCUACGCCUCAGUCUGUCUUUCAAUGGUUUAAGCGCGCUUAUGGUCGAGACGAUCACCAAAGAGUUGAAUCAUUGGCAUCAGAAUCUGCCGCGCGAUAUGCGUCUUACCGAGUUGGCGAAUAACCCCGAGGUAUCCUUUGAAUUGCGCAGAACCAUUUACUACGUCAACUUCCUUUACUUUGGAGCUCGGAUCAUGCUUCUGCGCCGCGUUCUGCAGAGCAUGCAUGACAAGAAUAGUCUACUUGUUGGAGACGAAGCAACAGUCAACGGCUUGAUAGCACAGGCAAAACAUGCUGCCACGGAGUCUGCGAAGCUGUUCGAAAGGUUGUUGAUCGAAGGUGGCAUUAUCCAAAGAUGUUGGGUGUGCAUCUUCCAAGCCUAUUCUAGCUGUGUAAUCAUACUCCACAAUGUGGCAGAAAUGCUGUUUGAGCAACACAUGGAAGGACGGUUCGCCGCCAGGCUGCAGGAUGACUUGCACCUUGCAUCCGCUUGUCUCGACUUCCUUGGAGUAUGCGGCCAGAAAGACGUGGCCGCCGGGCAGUUCCACUCACUCCUCAGUCGCUUCUAUGCCAUUCUAAACUCCACCGCCAACGGUCGACUCAAGUUUGGCCAAGACGUUAUCAGCACCGCCCGCGAGCUCAAUGAAUUGAUUAGACGACCAUUCAAGACACAGGCCCAAGACAGUGUUGAAUGUUGCUAUCGAUGGCAAGAGGACGACCACCAGCAUAAUCAGUGUCGAGAACGUAUCGACGAGCCCAUCAUCCGAGAUGUCUCAAACGCACCUGAUCAGUCAUGUUGUUGCGACGACAGCUGGCAGCGCAUCGAUGGCAUCAAGAACGAUGGAAUGAUUCACGAUCUACUCAGUGGCAUCCGACCCGGCCGUUUCCUCCCCGGCUUUGAAUCAAGUGCUUGGUCUUGA